AUGUGGCGUAGUCAGUGCUGUUUGUUUGUAGGUGGUAGGACCUGCCGCAGGCUGUUGACGCCAACUUCCUCAAGGCGGAUGGCAGCCGGUGCGAUGGGCGCAGCUCCGCUAUUCGUUCAGCUCCGCCUCGCCAGUGAAGUGAAAAAUCCAUAUACUGUGCUUGGCGUUAAGCAAGGAGCUUCUAAGGAGGACAUUAAGAAGGCGUAUCGCGUGCUUGCCAGAAAACAUCACCCUGACGCACCGGGUGGUUCCCAUGAAAAGUUUCAGGAAAUCCAAAUGGCGUAUGAACAGGUAAAGAGCGGGAUAUGGAUACCCAAGGAUUCGAAUGGUGGUACUGACGGUGCAGGAGGCACGACCAACGCCAACCGCUACAGCAACUUCCGCUUUACCACGCGGCAACAUAAGAGCAGAAUUAGUUACGACGAGUUCUACGAGGAAAUGCAUACUGGCAAAGUGAGGAAAGAUCCGUUUGGUGAUGACGACGGGACUGAAGAGGCUACAUCCAAGGAUCCACGCCGCAGAGCAUUCGCAGGAAAUGAAGAAUUCUUCCAGGCAUGGUUUCGGGUUAUCCUCAUGUGGUCUGCCCUGUUCGUGACGCUGCGUAUUGUUCUCUUCAUGCUUUUCCCUCCGCGGCACGAGGCGGUGCGACGGGCACCGAUGCCAAAAGAGCCCAGGAAACCACCUCCACCGAAGCCGCUCAUGAACAACUCACUUGUUGCAUGA